AGGCCAUCAAGCCUCAUGUCCCUUCCAAACUGACAUUGAAACCCUCUAGUCCUUUCGUAACUGAAACUGAAACUGAUGGUCGUUCGAUGAUUUGAACAGUAUAUCGUGACCUUCAGAGAAUUUCAAGCAUCUGAAAAUACUACUCAGGUGUUCACACACGAUGAAAGUUAUCAAUAAAUUAAAUGUAUUGAAGAACGUUUACAGAGAGUAUCGUAUGGUUACUGCGGCAGAUGAUUGUGAGCCAUACAAAAAACUACUUAUUAAUACAUGCAUGAUGUUGAUAUUGUGCAGUCUGUUUUAUAUGGCAUUUCUUUUAAUACCUGGAAGUGUGAUAAUACUGUAUCAGUUUUUGUUCGACUGUUUUAAAUAAGAACAAAAGUGGCUUUGGAAUAUAUUGUUCUGCUUAUUUUUAGUAAUUUAUAUCCACAUUAUUGUUAGGCUGAAUACAUCAGUAAGUUAUUUUUAUUAUUUUUUGAAUAUUUGCAUAAAUAUAAAACUUUCUAAAUCACUUCGUAUGGUUUAUUUUACGAUCUUUCGUGAAGAAGGCCACAGAUUAUUUAUACCAGCUGACAAAUUGUAGUUAUCUGUAAAGUUGUAUAAAGGGCUCAUUAUUUAGCAUCAACUAUAAUCUUCAUAAAUAAACAGUUCCAUAAACAUCUGAACCAUGACUGCCUUUUAUUUUAACUUCUCCUUGGAAAUUCUCGUCGUCAAAAAUAAAGUGUUCUGUGCUUUUUUUUGGCAGAGUGAAGUGAAAUACAGUUUCGAAAACUAAUUAGUAGUGUAGUUUUCAUCAUUAGUUAUCUAAACAAUCUGUUUAAUUCGAAACACGUCGGUUGCAUAUUUUUCAUAUAAAUUAAAUACCUCUUCCUGAAAACUGUUCUCGAUCGGUUCUCAUAUGAUCCUGACCUCUAAGAUCUCGUCAAAUUGAACUUAGAGCUUCUUCUUCCAGAUAAGUGCUUGCUCAUCCAUUAUACACUAAUUUAGUGGUGUAUUUUCUCAUUGCUUUAUUACAGGAUCGACAUUAACAUUAUCAUCAAACUUCAUAAUAUGGACAAAACAAACGACGUGGUCAAAAAAUAUUUUGUUCAAUUGUUUAAAAAUAAGGAAUCAUUUAGUGAUGGUUCAAACUUGCCACCGAACACACUACUUUCGUAUGUUUAGUAGGUGGCUCUAACAACGGUAUUUUGUAUACUUAUUACAGUAGUAUCAUUGAUAACCUAUUUUUGCCUUAAGUAAAAUCUUAUGAAGUUGGACCACUAUAUAUUUCAUUUAAAAUAAACUAACCACCUGAACUAAAAUAUUAUUUCAUUUACCAGCUUAAGUGGUACAAUGGAAACACUCCAUAAGUGCAUGUCAACCCUGAAAUACAGUUAAGAAAUAUUACUGUAUAUUUGAACGUUGUUUAAUUGUUCUUUGUACAUUUGAGUUUUUUAAACAAUGUGAUGUAGGUUGUAUCUUAAUCAUAUAUGGCAGUUCUCAUGAUAAAUAUCUUCAAGAAACUAUUUUACUAAAGUCAGGAUCUAGAAAAACCUUCGGUUGUUUGUAAUUUGAUGACUGCACUUCUGAGUAAGACACAUUUGCACUUAGAGGUAAGUGAUAAAUCUUUCCGCUUUUUAGUUCCUAAAUUAAGUUAAAGUUUCCAUUCUUUCUAUCAGAUUUUCAUGAUUGCACCAAACAGAACUGAUAUGGGUGGCAAGCAAUAACUUGGGACGGAAUUACUUAUCUAAACCUGUUAGUACUUUUGGAAUUUUCCUUCAGGUUGUUCCAAAGUGCUAUGUACUAUCUUGAUGUCUGUCUCCUAUCCCCUGCGCCGUGUGUCCUAUGGUUUGCCACCCUUUCUUUUGCCUCGACGAUUCCAAGUUAUGGCUUGCCUCACGAUGCAUUUUAGCAAUUUCCGUAAAGUGUGUUCAAUUUGCCUCUUUUGUCUUUUCCUAAUCUCCUCAACUGGAAGCAGAUGUUUUUGACAGAGCACAUUAUUGCUGAUGGUCCCUGUCAAUUAAUUUGAGACAUUAUGUAGACAGCUGUUUGUAAAAACUUGCACUUUUUCGAUUAUGGUUGUGGUAGGUUUUCAAGUUUCAGCUCCGUACGAUAAAUCCGUUUUAGUGUCAGUUUUAAAAUGAUUGUCACUCAAUACCACAGUCAGAAUAUUCGAAUUCCAGAUAAUUCACGGUUGUGGCAAUAUUCCCUUUUCUUUGCCAAGUCUUGUCUUUAAAUCUGUUUCAGAUCUUUCUUGUUUGCCCAUGAUACUGCCAAAGGACAUACAGGAUUUCACUCUAUUCAGAGCUUCCUCAUCGUGUACAAUGUGACUGGUGCUCCGUGUGUUGUACUAUAGGAUUUCGUUUUCCCUUUAUAAAUGUCGAGAGCUAUUUCUGAAGAAGACGCCGCUACAUUGUCCAUCUUCGUCGGCAUUUGUCUCUAUUUAUGGAAUAAAAGGGCCAGUUACAAUUUAUCCAGCUGUAUCCAAGGUGUCCAAUGUAUUUUGUGCAUUUGAAAUGUGGGUCCUCAUGAUCCAGUCAACAACCAGUGGAAAGGAAAAAGACGAGAGUAGGUAGCCUUUUCUUACAUCAGUCUUCAAUUAGAAUGCGUUCGUUGGUGCGGGCCUAUUUACGAGUCUUUCAAAGUGAUCUCCCCACUUCUUUUGUUGUUCUUGAUCCUCAGUGGUCACUUUUCUUUGUUUCUUCCUGACUAGCCGCUUUGGUUUACUAUAUUUUCUGCCAGCCUCUUUGUUGUAUCAUAUAGUUGUCCUAACUGUUCUCUUCCAGCUUGUUCUACUGUAGUUCCCAGGCCAUCUACAUAUUUUCGCUCGUCACCUCGAAAGCUCUUUAUUCAUCUGUUUGCUCCUACCUUGGCUUUAUGUGCUUUCAUCUGGCUGUUGUUGACUGUUUCCUUUUUAUUUUUCUUUCCUUGCAUAUUAUCUAGGAUGUUUACAGAAACCUUAUAUUUAUUUAAGCAGUGCUAUAGCUUAGAAGAAACUUUGGUUUAGAAAUCUUUCUGCUUCGUUCCCGACUAGCCUGACGCGCUUGUUUUUAUUCAACCACUCCUUAUCAGUUUACAAUCACUCUCAACCGCUUAGUAAAAGCAAAAAACAGUACACCUUAUUGUAGUGAUGGUCAAAAUGAAGAAUAGUUGAGACCGUUUAUUCAACGUAGCCGGAAACACCGUUUGAGAAUCUAUUACUGUUAACGGUUGAUUUUCUUUUAUUUCUAACAUCUAAAAGGCGUAUAAGAAACUAAAAAUUCAGUAUAUGCGUGAAAAUCAUUCUAAAAAUGACAAAUAUCAAUAAUAAGGACGUGUAUUUUCGUAGCAACAAAACUGGCUUAGUAAAUCUUAAGUUUUAUCAAUUAAUUGAAAAACAUUAGCAUUUGAAUCUGAAUAUUCCUACUGAUUAAUGUUAACUUCAAAUAUUUGGGGAAAUGUACAUAUGGAUAAUUCUGUGGUUAUUGCUUGGAUUCGUUGUAAAUACUCUUUGAUUUUACUUUUGAUAUAUGUGAAGGUAAAUAUCAAAAGGCACCAAUAGGAAUUUCCUAAUUAACGUACAUUUUGUAAAGAUAAUCUACUUACUUUCUGUUGCCUGAAAUAUUCAUUGGAAGAAAAAUGUUGCUUAGUGUGGUAGAAUAAAAAAUAUCAGUGAUUAUGUUAAAUAAUGUUUGGGCGAUUAUUUGUCUUUUUUAUCUUGACAUUUUCGUAUAAAUGCAGAAUGUUUGAGUGAAUUAGCAUAUAUAUACUCACCUCCUAGCAAAAUAAAAAAGCCUGUUUUUUAUUGUUAUAAAUGAUUAUUACUUCCAAGUUAUUCGGGAGAAUUAAUGCCAUCAUAGAAGUAUUUCGAAAGAGAAAACUUAGAAACAGUCUUUGUCAGCACCAACAGAUAAUAAAAUCAGAUAGACUUGUGAUAUUGUUUAAUUUUGCUUUCGAACAUUUUCUUAUUCACACCAGUAUAUUUAUCUUUUGAUCAUCAUUAUCUACCAGUUAGCUGAAAAUUGUUUUAGAGCGAGAUAUAACCACAUGUGCUACAUUUUAGCUUACUUCUAAUCAUUAAGAUCCCUUUGCUGUUUGGAUCAGGACUAAACAAUUCAAAUUUAAUAGAUAUGAAAAUACCAACUCUUAUAAUUUUUAAAAAUUCCAAAUAGUGUAAACUAGACAUUACAUAAAUAAUUGAAUAGUUCUACGCAGUUUUCGUAUCUUCUGGUCGGCUAACAGACUCCAAAAACAACAUUUUCGGUUAAUUUGUUCUAAUUUACUAUUCCAAAUCCAGAACAGUUGUAAGAGAUUCAUAUUUAAUUGAGAGAGAUUGUGUUUUGUUGUAUGAUCUCAAAAAAAGUGAACUUGGGAAAUCGAGUCACUUCAGUAUUUUUUUACAGGCAGAAUUGAAAGUAAAUCGAUUCAAAAGAACUAGUAGAUAUUUUUAUUCCAUCCAAACCAUAAAUAUUUAGUAAGGCAAGAGCAUUCAAGAUUUAGAUGGAGCUCUGUUCUCUGAGCUGGAUGGUUUGAUCGUGGAGCUUUCAUCGUUCUUCUGAACGACAUCACCAGCACAAACUUCAGAUAGAAGUGAAGUGUUCGAACUUCUCCAUAUGCGUUUCACAGCUUGCUCUAUACACCUCGACGUUGAUUGGUUCUUAUUGACCUUAAAUUUGUCGUUGUUUACUUCUUUGUUUUGAUUGUGCCUCCCAUUGGUCUGAUUUUUGUCCCUAUAUGCAUAAUUUUCCUGAUUGGUUGAUAAAUUGGAUCGAUUUCAAUGUCCUUGUUGAUUGACCUGAGUGCCAGGCUUCUCGAAAUUCUCUGGUGUUUUUGGAAUUUCCUCUGCCCAAGAUUUCCACAUUUUUCCAAUCGAAUGAGUGUCCACAGUUGUCCACGUGUAUUGAUAAGUGAGGAGUGACCAGUACUCCCUCGAUUUUACGGCAGACCAAAAAUACACAAACCAAACAUUCCACUACAUCCAAUGGUAGCACUCCCCGGAACACUAACAUACAAUUUGUCGAAAGAAAUUUCAGGAAUACUGAAAUAUUUAGUAGAUUCAUCCAACCACUCCAUCAAAUCCCCCACACAAUUCCCGGACCAAAUUAAGGACAUUCAAAUCAACAACGACGAACUGAUGAUAUCCUUCGAUGUAAUAGCGUUAUUCACCUCAAUUGGACCAAAGUUAGCAAAAGAAACAAUAUCUCUGCUCCUCACCAACGACACAAAUCUCACUAAGUAUACGAAGCUUCAAAUUCAGAGUCUACUAGAACUCAUCGAUUUAUGCCUAACAACAUAGCUUCAAUUCAACAACAAAAUCUACGAACAAACGAAAGGGACAUCAAUGGGAUCAGCAAUAUCAGGACUGAUUGUAGAAGCAGUGAUGCAAAGACUAGAAGCCGCUAUAUUACCAGUGAUCAAGCCAAAAAUUUGGAUUCGCUAUGUAGACAACACAUUCGUCAUCGUCAAAAAGAAUAAGCUAAAAAACACUUACAAGCUGAUCAACAACGUCUUCGAUGAUAUCAAGUUCACAAUGGAACGGAAGUCAAACAACAAACUAUCAUUCUUGGAUGUAUUAAUCACUAGAACUGACACAGGAAAACUGGAAACUCAAGUGUAUAGGAAACCGACCAAUACAGAUCAAAUCCUCAACUACAAUAGCAACAACCCAAGAGCUCACAAAAUCAACCGCGUACACACUUUGUUCAAAAGGGCGAGGACACACUGCAGCACACUGGAAGCACGAAAAAAUGAAGAGAAAUACCUGAAGGGCAUAUUUCAAAAGAACGGCUACCCAAUCAACUUCAUCAAAAAAUACCAACCGCACGCAGAAUCAGAACCUAAGUCAAGGACAGAAAUCAACAAGAGGAUCGCCCUACCAUACAUAAAAGGCAUAUCAGAAACCUCAACGAGACUGCUGAAAACCUUCGGGAUAGGUGUGGCACACAAACCGACAAAAUCACUACAAUCAAUCCUAUGCAAACCAAGGGAUGAAAUAACAAAGGAAGACAAAUCAAACAUCAUCUACAAAAUAAAUUGUGCGAACUGAGAAAAACACUACAUCGGACAGAGCGAACGCCCCCUUCACCUUCGCCUAUAUGAACAUCAAUUAACGGUCAAACGCCACGAUACUUCCUCACUUAUCAAUACACGUGGACAACUGUGGACACUCAUUCGAUUGGAAAAAUGUGGAAAUCUUGGGCAGAGGAAAUUCCAAAAACACCAGAGAAUUUCGAGAAGCCUGGCACUCAGGUCAAUCAACAAGGACAUUGAAAUCGAUCCAAUUUAUCAACCAAUCAGGAAAAUUAUGCAUAUAGGGACAAAAAUCAGACCAAUGGGAGGCACAAUCAAAACAAAGAAGUAAACAACGACAAAUUUAAGGUCAAUAAGAACCAAUCAACGUCGAGGUGUAUAGAGCAAGCUGUGAAACGCAUAUGGAGAAGUUCGAACACUUCACUUCUAUCUGAAGUUUGUGCUGGUGAUGUCGUUCAGAAGAACGAUGAAAGCUCCACGAUCAAACCAUCCAGCUCAGAGAACAGAGCUCCAUCUAAAUCUUGAAUGCUCUUGCCUUACUAAAUAUUUAUGGUUUGGAUGGAAUAAAAAUAUCUACUAGUUCUUUUGAAUCGAUUUACUUUCAAUUCUGCCUGUAAAAAAAUACUGAAGUGACUCGAUUUCCCAAGUUCACUUUUUUUGAGAUCGUAAACUGCUCCCGUUAUAUUGUUAGUUCUUAAUAUGAAACGAUAUCAACUAUUAUAAGUUCUAAAUUACCAAUCAGUUACAAUGAUAUUGAGCAGAGAUGGAUGGUGACUGACAAUGGAAUGCAAAUGCAUGUUUAGUCCUAGCUAAGUGGAUAACGCGAUGGGGUUUGAAAUGAUAGGAACUGGGUUUUAGUUCCAGAGUGAACUGUAGGAUCCAAUAUCAUGCAACUGAUGAGUCAUAGAUAAGAGGAAACGC